CAGAGCGAGAUGACACAGCUGGAUUCUUAUUAUUUUAACAGAAACCAGCACCCCCUCCCCCCCCAAGCACAGGCCCCCCCAGCCAACAAUGUGGUCCUCAGCAGCCCUCUACACAAACCCCUCCUCCUCGCUCUCACCUUCCCUCCUCGCUUCGCCCGCCUCCCCCGAAAAAAACAUAAACGCCCUCAUCCGCUCCCACUUUGCCGCCCACAACCCUAACGCGAUUCUCGCCCUCUUCUCCCAAGCCCCCUCGCAGCCAACAUCCUCCCUCUACUGCAUCCGCCCCACCCGCGCCCUCCUCACCAGCAUCCUCUCCCACUGCGCAACAGAUGCGAGUGAAGUGAUACUAUCGAUUGGAUCCGCGUCGGGGUUGUUGGAGUAUCUGCUGCAGUGGUUGGCGGAUGAGACGGGUGCGGGGGUGGGGGUUAGGGGCGUGGAUGUCGCGCGGACGAACGUGUUUUUGGAUGAGGGGACAGAGGACGGCGAGAGGGGGUUUGUGUGGUUGCCGAGUGGGAAGCCUUCUGAUGAACGCUUCACAUCCACAACCGUCCUGUUCACAUCCUAUCUGCGGCGACCCUCCAUCUUACUCGAUUACAUGAGCGCAUGUCCCGUUGCGCACACGAUUAUCACUGUGGGACCCAUCUCAGAAGACCCGGGUAGUAUUGAUGACAAUGUGAAGCGGGGGUUGGAAGGGUGGGGCAGCGUUGUGUGGGUGGGAAAGCCGGAGGGGUUGCAGGAUUGGGAGAGAAUGAGUGUUUGGAGGAGGAGAAGGGGUAUUACAGUAAUAAGGGGAUUGGGAUGCAUUUGAGGAGCAUGUGGGAUGCAUGGGCUUUCACACCUUCCAGUUGCUAUUCUAAAGGUCGGAGCAGCAGCCAUUAGGAAUGAUUAGUAAAAUGUGCGGAAGAUGUCAUUUGUACAUUAAGAUUGGGACUUGGGUAUCAUAAGGGCAACGGUGUCCAAUUUCAAUGAUAAGC